AGCAUCACAGUGACAGAUGGCCUGCAGGAGCUGAAGCAUGGGUCUGUGUUCUGCGUCGUCCUCCCAUGGGACACAUUUAGUGUGUGAUUAUCAUCACACUGCUCAGCAGGGGGGUGCCCACACACACACACACACACACACACACCCCAUGUGACUGAACAUUGAAGCUGUGAACACGCUGCUAUCAGGAACAUCUCAGGAGGAACCAGUGGGCUCAGAGACUGUGGGCUUCAGAGUGAUUCAGACGGCGCUUCUAACGGCAGCGACAGUAAGAAGCUCCGGGUGGAGGAGGCCCCUCCCUCAAGAGUGCUCCACAUCCGGAAGCUUCCCAACGAGGCCUCGGAGACGGAGGUCAUCGCGCUCGGCCUGCCGUUUGGAAAAGUCACCAACAUCCUAACCCUGAAGGGCAAGAACCAGGCCUUCCUGGAGAUGGGGACGGAGGAGACGGCCGUCACCAUGGUCAACUACUACACCACGGUCACCCCUCACAUCCGCAACGUGCCCGUCUUCAUCCAGUACUCCAACCACAAGGAGCUCAAGACCGACAACGGGAACCAGAGGACGCAGGCGGUGCUGCAAGCGGUGUCGGCGGUGCAGUCGGGAGGGUCUCCCAGCUCUGAUGUGCAGGAGGCUCUGGCUGCAGCCUCCAGCCCCGUGCUGAGGAUCAUCAUCGACAACAUGUUCUACCCCGUCACCCUGGAUGUGCUGCAGCAGAUCUUCUCUAAAUUUGGCACGGUGAUGAAAAUAAUCACCUUCACCAAGAACAACCAGUUCCAGGCGCUGCUGCAGUUCAGCGAGCCGGUCAACGCCCAGCAGGCCAAACUGGCGCUGGACGGGCAGAACAUCUAUAACUCGUGCUGCACGCUGCGCAUCGACUUCUCCAAGCUGGUGAACCUGAACGUGAAGUACAACAACGACAAGAGCCGGGACUACACCCGGCCCGAGCUGCCGGCGGGGGACGGGCAGCCCAGCCUCGACACCUCGGUCGCAGCCUUCAGCAAGGACUCCGGCUCGCUGCUGGGGAAGAUCCCAGGCGCUCUGAACCCGCUGAGUGCAGCGGCGGCGGCAGCGGCUGCAGCCGGGAGAGUCGCCCUGUCUGGACAGAACGGGUCCAGCGGGGUGCUGCUGGUCAGCAACCUUAACGAGGAGAUGGUUACGCCCCAAAGUCUGUUUACCCUCUUCGGAGUGUAUGGGGAUGUGCAGAGGGUGAAGAUUCUCUACAACAAGAAGGACAGCGCUCUGAUCCAGAUGUCCGACGGGAACCAGGCGCAGCUUGCAAUGAGCCACCUGAACGGGCAGAAGAUGUACGGGAAGAUCAUCCGGGUGACACUCUCUAAGCACCAGACAGUGGCGCUGCCUCGGGAUGGGCUGGACGACCAGGGUCUCACCAAGGACUUCAACAACUCCCCCCUGCACCGCUUCAAGAAGCCCGGCUCCAAGAACUUCCAGAACAUCUUCCCCCCCUCCGCCACGCUGCACCUGUCCAACGUCCCCCAAGACGUGGCAGAGGACGACCUGCGGCUGCUCUUCUCCAAUGCUGGAGGAACCGUGAAGGCUUUCAAGUUUUUCCAGGACCGUAAGAUGGCUCUGAUCCAGAUGUCCACGGUGGAGGAGGCCAUCCAGGCUCUGAUCGACCUGCACAACUACAAUAUGGGGGGCAGCCAGCACCUGAGGGUCUCCUUCUCCAAGUCCACCAUCUAAGCCGAGUCAUUCCUCAGAGACAGAUGGACGUCCCGCUCUGUAGUUUGAUGUUCCUCCGUUAAAGAUACUCAUGUGCCUUAUGGACGUCCCACUGUUCCCACUCCUCAGUCCCUCUAUGCUUUCAGGCACAUCUGGUUUUUAUUUAGGUCCAUCCUUUAGUUCCAGAGCAGGAGAAUCCUCCUGACUCUUAUUCCACCUGUCCGUCAGUAUCCGUGUUUCCGAAGCCUUUCCAGAGCUGUGUGUGUGUCGGCAUGCAGUGGCGACGGGAAGUGAUGCAUGAAGAGUCCACUGUGAUUUCCUGUGGUUUUUAAGUACUGAUCAAGCUCCUCUGUGGACCAAAGUCUCUGUGCCUUCAGUGUCCCCCUCAGAGACCCUGCCCCCCUGAGGUCAGUGUGUUUCUGUGUUUUCUACAGCUGAAGAUUAAAGGAGAGUUCUUUUCUAACGGGACGUUGGUUUCCUCUGUGUCUGUAGCAUGCUUAAUAAAAUAUUCUGUAGCUCUCA